AUGACAUACGACGAGAAGCACUGGGAAUCGGAGGCGCACUCUCUGAGGAGGUUCGCUUUCGUCGGCGUGGCCCUCUCCACCAUGGCCACGCUCGUCUGUGUGAUCUCGGUGCCAAUGCUCUACAACUACAUGCAGCACAUGCAGUCGGUCAUGCAGAACGAAGUCGACUUCUGCAAAUCUCGCUCCGGAAACAUCUGGAGAGAAGUCACCCGCACUCAG